AAAAGGGACAGUCAUUUUGAUAUUCAUAGACGAUGGUUGAGUUUUAUAUCUAGAGGGUCUUCUGUAUCUCUCUACCUUGCUGUCUCGAAGAUUGAAUUUCCUACUUGGUGUAGCCACCCUUUACCCCGUAGACUGUUUCAAUUGGGUGGCAGAACCAGCGCUUUCACUCUUAAGUUGAUUAAAGGCCACCUUUAAACUCCUCCGUCACCACCAAAAAACCAACAUCAAGCUCCCUCUCCAAAGCCUAUCUCCCAUUCCCUUCAAUAACAUCCUUAGAUCCCAGAUUAUCCAUUCCAUAACCUAGAUACUUCAGAAUACCAAAAAAGAAAAAAGAAAAGAAAAGGAAAAGGGCUUCAACCCCAAGGACUCCAUACCAACAUGGCCUCUCCGGCCCAAGUCUUCUUGCAGCACCCUCUCCAUCUCGACCCAACCUCCAAAGCCAUCUCUGCCCCAAAUACCUCAUAUCCCGGCCUCUCCACCGAGCUCGACGCCCUCAACUCCCUGCACCGCUCCAUUCUGAACCUCGACAGCCCCAAUGUCCCUCCCCCGCCGCGACCGGUGAACCCGAAACGCAGCGCCCAAGUCUCCAAGCUGCGCGAUUCCGCAAACACGGCAUAUCGCAAGUCCGCUUUCGCAGAGGCCAUCAGACUAUACAGCUAUGCGAUCGACAUGGCCAUGCAACGGCCCGCGUGGGAACCGCUUGGCUUGGUGCGAGAGGAACUGGCUCCGCUCUACUCAAAUCGUGCUCAGGCACACAUGUCCCAGCAGCAGUGGCCCGAAGCGUGGGUCGAUGCGCAGCUUAGCAUUGAAUGCAACGAUGAAACCAACACAAAGGCUUGGUGGAGGGGUGGAAAGUGUUUGAUCGAGAUGGGAAGAUGGGAGGAGGCCAUCGACUGGCUUCAGAAAGGCUUGGAAGCUGAAGGAAGGGGCUCUGAUGGAGGGCGUGAACUGAAAACCCUAUUGGAUGACGCCGAGAAGGGGCUAGAGAAGAUGGGACAGGGCGUGUGAAAUCAUUCUAUUUUCUCGAGUUGGUUUUUUUACAAUUACAUGGGAAGAAUUGGCUUGUUGAUGCAUGUAUGGCAUUGUUUGAAACUCUACUGCGGCGCCCUGGUGAUUCCUUGCGGUCUACACAUUCGCAUUAUAAUACUUGCUUCUCUGCUUCUGUAUCAUUCUUUGCCUUUGUUUACCCUUUUCCCUCCCCUUUUCUUCCCCUUCUGGUGGUGGCCCACUGUCUCAAGAUCCAAGGAUCCUUUUGAUGCUAUUCAUGGUUCCCCAUGUUCAGAGCAGUUUCGAGCCAGGUGUCCUCUUGAAUGGAUUCCCUCGGCACCGCAGGUGUGGCGCUGUCUUCAUUGCCAAACAUCUCCGCUGUUAAAUCCAGCAACCAUGCAAGGGCCCCCAAGGGUCAUGGUUUUUCCAUGCACCAAUUAAUUAUAUAGAUCUUAGUUUUUUUGAGUGCAAGGGUUGUGGGUCGCGAUGCCGCUGGGACAAAAUCCUACCAGUAAUAUUUAGGGUAGGGUAUCGCAUGGAUCUCAAAAGGUACUCCAUGGCAAAUUGAUAGCUGGGCCUAGAAUAGACAGUUCAUGACUUGUCCGAUCUUGCUUCGGCA